AUGCAGCCAUUCACUACGUUGGCCCUCGCCCUCACCCUCCUUACCAGCACCGCUCUCGCCGCCCCCAAAGUCACCACAACAGCCAGCGUCCCCUCCACGGCUCCCUGUGUAACCCAACAUACCGUCACAACCAGCUAUCCACCCUCGGGUGAGCCAUACACGACAACAGUGUACACCCAAUUGGCAGCUCUUCCACACAAUAUUAUCUGCCAAGGUUGUGCUUUGGAAAUUGUAACCAAGACGAUUAAUGAGUUUAGAACUCCUGACGCCACGGUGACGGCCACGACUUCGACUUUGUUGCGGAUUCCUAUGUGCUAUGAUCCACCACGGGCAACGAGUGUUUCUUCAAAACCGGCGUAUAGGCCAAGACCAAAACCGUUUAAGAAGGUUGAGAAUUAG